UUCAACUUCAAGGUUCCAAGAUCAAAGCGAUCGAAGCGACUAAAGCGAGCCUUGCACUUAUAAUCCCCCCCCCAGAUCAACCCUCUUCAAUACUCGACAAAUACCAACGGCGAUACGACAUACGCAAAUCGAUAAUUAGACGUUUGAACGUAUGGGUUUACUACGUGAUGGUUUAGAAAUACAAAGUCCGUACGACGGUCGUAGUGGUGCCCCGCCGACUUCAACGUCGACCUCGACUUCGCCAUGGACGCGCCCCCAGUGAAGCUCUCGGAGCUACUCCGACAUCCCGAUGACCUCGAUAAAAUCCCCACGCUGAAGCUGGAAUUCACGCGCAAGAAAGCUGCUAUCGACUCCCAGCUAAGGGGAGGCCUACGCGACCAGUUGGAGACGACACAAGCUGGCAUGAAUGGCAUCACCGACGGUCAGAAGACUAUACAAGCUAUCAGGGACGAGAUGAUGAAGAUCGACACCCUCUGCUCCGAGUCGCAAAAUAUGAUCAAGGAUUUUGCUAGUAUAAAUCUGGUAUCCCAAGCACACAGGAACUUUGGCGCCGUAGAGGCCAUGGUCGAAAAUCUCCAGACGUUUAAUGAUCGCCUGAACAGGAUCGAAACCAUGCUGAGAGAGGACGAGGAGGAUAAGGAGACCAUGCCGAAUCUUCUGAGAGUGCAUUACGAACUGACGCAAUUACGAAAUAUCCGAGAUGAUGCAAUGGAACAGAUACUACGAGCCGACGAUCCCAGCUUACAAUCUACUUUGGAAGAUUACUUCUCCAGGCUGGACGAUGCUAUAGAUUGGUUUGACGAACAUGUUGGCCUCAUUGCCCUCAACAUGAUCAAUCUUUUGAUCGCCGAUAACAACAGUCUCGUGGUCCGCCUAGCCAUCAUCGUAGAGGCCGAGGAGAAGAGUGACCAAAGGGUCGAGGCAUUGCAAGAAGCAUUAAAGGAUCAUAAAGAAAUGGCCACACGUUUCCAGAGUAUCACAGACGGUGCCAAGAAAGUCAGAGGGUACAAGGACAAGUUCUUGAAAGCAAUUGCUGUUAAUUGUGAAGGACAAUUUGCCGAAGUCAGAGAGGAGUUCUUGGGCGACCCCACAGGGCUAGAAAAGAUGAUGAAGUGGUUCUUCAACGACCUAAAUGCCGUCAGGCAAGGCAUGGUCACUUUGAUGCCUAAGAAAUGGAAGAUCUUCAAGACCUACGGCGAUAUAUACCACCAACAUAUGCACGACUUUUUGGUGGGCAUGAUCGAUGACCCCGAAUCAAGCUCGGCAAACACGCUCGAGAUUAUCAAUUGGCCAGAGAAAUACUACAAGAAGAUGAAAAAGCUUGGCUUCCAAGAAAACGAGUUGAAACCUCACGUUAUCGACAACAGAGAGCAAGAGUUGGUUAAGGACUUUCGCCAGCUCAUCAUCAAAUUCCUCGACGAAUGGAUUGAGAGAAUCUUCGCCCAAGAAAGACGUGACUUUGCCGACCGAAACGUGGAGGGUUCGAAUCUCGAUACGGAUGAGUAUGGCUAUUUCCGUACUAGGAAUUUGGUCGACAUGUGGCGCAUGCUGCGGGAACAGGUUGACGCCGCCGGAAACUCGCAGAGAGCCGAUGUGGCAGAAGGUGUUAUCGAUGCCAUGUUCCUCCGUCUACGUGGCCGGCAGCAGUCAUUCCAACAGAUGCUCGAAGAAGAAGGGGCUAGGUACGAAGCUGACAGAGAGUCCGAAUUGGAUGGCUUCCAAGCUUUACAAGAUUGGCUUAUUGCGACUGCCAAUGAUCAAAUUGCCUGUAUAGACGACAACGAAGAAGAGGGCCGCUUUGCCUACCUCACCAACUUCAAACAAAAGUUCGAGCCUCUGGUUACACCGCAAUACAUGGAGCGUGCCGACAACGAAAUCAACCUACUUCGAGACAGCUACCUCGAUUUCAGUACUUGGUGCCUCACCAAAUUCGCCAAGCUUGUCAUAGCAGUGGACUUCAUGUCUGUCAUGCCGACAUUCUUCACUGCUCGAUGGUACGAAACCACAACCAUGAAGCAGAUGAUCAUCACCUUCGAGGAGUACGUCGGGGACUACCAGCAGGUGCUGCACCACUCCCUCGUCGACGUCUUCAUCCAGAUCUUCGCCGACGAGCUGCUAGCACAAUACCUCAUGUGCGUGCGCAACAAGGGGGCCAAGUUCCGGCGCACCGAGCCCUUCCAGGACAAGAUCUUCAACGACGUCUCGACCGCCUUCGAGUACUUCCGCAGCCUCCCCAACCCAGACCUCAGCAACGACAUCACCCAGUCCUGGCGCGUCACCGAGAACUUCCUCGAGCUCCUCACCGUCCCCAAGGACGCCAUCCCUGACGUCUUCCAGGCCUUCAAGACUAAGUACUGGGACCUCCAGAUCACCUGGGUCGAGGCCGUGCUGAGAUCCCGCGACGACUUCGAGCGCAGCAUGCUCAACUCGGUUAAGGCGAAGGCGGCGCAGAUGGAUGUUGUUAGGGGCCCCGAGACGGUUAUGGGGAGGGUUAAGUAAGCAAGCCUACCUACAUAGGUACCUACCUAAGCAAGGGGGUGGAAUUAGAAAACCUACAUGCAUAGCAAUGCUUGUUUGGACUUUGCUGUAGGUGUCUACAUGGUGGCACGAUUAUGUACCUGCAUAGGUAGGUAGCUACCGUAAGCUAAACUCUUAUGUAUUUAGUCCGAAGAUAAAAUAUUUGCAAUAGUGGAAAUAGGGGGCGUGGGAUAUUCA